CAAUUCAACAACUGUUCACUGAUUAGUUGUCAUUCAAUUUAUUUAAAAAACAAUGAAUUACUUAUUUAAUACAUUAUUAUCGUUAAGUUUGGCCACUUUGGUCUAUUCAAGAAAUCUAUGCCAUCCUCAAGAUUUCGGUAAGGGAUCGAUAGUGUGUGUCUGCAAUACGUCAUACUGUGAUGACUUGGAUCCGUUACAGAAGACACCGUCCGGUGUGAUCACACUGUUCGAGACCAGUCGUAAUGGCGACCGAUUUAAACAGACAAACCUCAAGUUUGGUGACCAUCACAGCGAACAUCCCACCAAAUCGCAGACCAUAACCAUCGAUAAGAAUAAGAAAGUUCAGAAAAUUGUCGGUUUCGGCGGUUCGUUCACCGACGCUACCGGUUAUAUGAUCUCCCAAUUGCCGCAAUCACUACAGGAACACGUAAUACGCGACUAUUUUUCGGCCAACGGUUUGGAGUAUAAUCUUAACCGACUGCCGAUCGGUGGCGCAGACUUUUCGCUCCGAGCCUACAGUUACGAUGACAACCAAAACGGCGACUUUGAUUUGAAACACUGGACUCUGACCGAUGAGGACAAGAAAUAUAAAAUCCCAUACAUGAAAUUAGCCAAACAGGUUAGUCCACACCAGCAAAAGUUUUUUGGUAGUCCGUGGUCUGCACCGGCCUGGAUGAAGACCAACAAUCAGAUCAAUCACGGAGGCUAUCUAAAGGGAAACCCAGGGGAACAGUAUUAUAAGACAUUUGCCAAAUAUUUUAUUAAAUUUUUGGACGCCUAUAAGGCUGAGGGAUUGCCGAUGUGGGGCAUCACUAUCGAGAACGAGCCGUCGGCCGGCAACCAACCCAACUAUGGCUUCAAUAGUAUGGGAUUUACUAAAGAAUUGCAACGAGAUUUCCUGAAAAAAGAUUUGGGACCAGCACUGGAUGCUGCCGGCUAUCAGGUGGGAGCAGACAAACUCAAUGUACUAAUAUUUGACGACCAACGGGACGUAAUACACGAAUGGGCCCAAACAAUAUUUCCUGAUAAGGAUGCGGCAAAAUAUACUACCGGUACAGCGUUUCACUGGUAUGCUAAUAGAAACGAAAAUUUAGGUAAUCUAGAAAAGGCCCAUAACGUGGAUCCAAGCAAAUUCAUAUUGAACACAGAGGCCAGCAAUGGUGCCGAUCCUAACAAGGGUGUCGAUCUGGGAAACUGGAAUAACCUGGAAAAUGAUGCACGAGAUAUUAUCACUGAUCUAAAUCAUUGGGUUGCGGGUUGGGUUCAAUGGAAUAUGGCUCUCAACCCUAAGGGCGGACCAAAUUGGGCUAACCUGGCGGCUGAUGCGCCCAUCAUUGUGGACCCGAGCAAACAAACCUACUAUAAGCAGCCAUCCUAUUACGGUUUGGGUCAUUUCACCAAGUUCAUUUUGCCCGAUUCGGUUCGUAUCGAUGCCCAACAGUCACUAACAUGGGAUCAGUUGCACACAACUGUCUUCCAGAGACCGGACGGCGGUUUAGUUGUUGUAGUGCUGAACACUAGCGACGAAUUGGUCGAGUUUAACAUCAGGGAUGGCUCACAAUUGCUCAGUCAUGUAAUCCGACCGCACAGUAUCCAGAGCUACCUUUACUACUAAUAAUAAGUUUUAAUAAUUUUUUUGUUGUUCAGUACAAACUACAUGUACUUUUGCACUGGUAAUUAAUAUUUAAAAUGCUUUAUAUUUUACAAUCUACACAUGUUUUAUGUAACAUAUAAUACACAGUAUGAUGACUUUUUAAAAAAAUAAAAGUAAAAACAAUAAUGUAAUAAAUUUUAUAUAUUUUAUCAUAUAGUU